AUGGGAACACCUUUCGUCUCUCUCCUCGAGCCGACCGGGCUAGAUGCCUAUAUUCGUGGCGUGCCGCAUGACGAGCAGCCGGCGGCGAUCCCCAAGGAGUUCUGCGACGCCAUGGAGGUGCGCGAGGCCGUCUUCGUGGAGGAGCAGAAGGUGCCCGCCGAGAACGAGUUCGACGCCGACGACAGCCGCGCCUGUCACUGGGUUGCGUACGCAUCUGUCAACAAGGUCGUCGAGCAGGAGGUCGUCGACGCCGCCGGCAACAUCGUCAAGCCCCGCCGCAGUAGCACCCGCAGCACCCCCAUCGGCACCAUCCGCCUCGUGCCCUUCCCCCAUGCCCCGCACCCCAAGAACGGCGGUGUCUACUGGGACGGCGUGCUCAAAGAGGGGCUGGACGCCGAGGGGGCCAAAUUCGCGCCGGCGGCCCACGAGAGGGCGAACGCGAACGCGAGCCCGGUUAACGGACAGGCCGAGACGGCCGCAGAGCACGUCGGCGGCGAGAGACGGCUGUCCGCGAUCAAGGUCUUCGCGCCGGAUCGCGCGACAGAACUGCAUGACGGCAAGGAGCCCUACGUCAAGCUUGGCCGGCUGGCCGUGGUUCGGGAGUUUAGGGGCCACCGAAUCGCGAGGCUGCUGGUGACGACGGCGCUCGCAUGGCUGCGGGCGCACCCGAGCUAUUUCGACCCAAGCAUCAAGGAGAUGGGCCUCGAGCAGAUCGGCGCCGCGAGCGCCGAGGAGGUACCCAAGUGGAAAGGCCUCGUGUGUGUGCACGCGCAGGCCGCCGUCGUGGGCGCCUGGGAGAAGUUUGGAUUCCAGGUCGACCAGGGCAUGGGGACCUGGUGGGAGGAGGGCAUUGAGCACAAGGGCAUGUUCUUGAGGUUGGAUAUCGGGGAGAGGACACCAACUCUCUGA